AUGCACGUGGAUGGUUGCAGGGAGAUGUGGAAGAAGGUGAACCUCGCCGUGCUGGGCUGGAUCUCCAUCAACGCUUUGUUCGGAGUUUUGCUGGCGAUGGGGCUGUACUACUGGGGCCUGCGGGACACCAGCGCCGCCUACGCCGUCAACUUCCUCAACCUCAUCCCCGUGGCCACUUUCCUCAUCGCCGUCGCGCUGCGGGCCGAGCGCCUCUCCCUCUCCCACUGGCCCGGUAGGAUGGAGCUCCUGGGCGCGGCGGUGGGCGUCGCCGGCACCAUGGUGGUCAGCUUCUGCAAGGGCACUCGCCUCCCGCUGCCGCACCUCCACUUCCACCACCACUCCCAGGCCGGCGCGCCGACGGCCGCGCCACACGGCGCCCGCGACAUGGCCGCCGGCACGCUGUGCCUGUGCGGGAGCUGCGUCAGCUACGCGCUCUGGUUCGUGGUGCAGGCCAGGGUCGCCAAGGUGUUCCCGUCCCGGUACUGGGCCACCGCGCUCACCUGCGCCGCGGGCAGCCUGCAGUCCGCCGCGGCCGCGGCCGUCGCGUUCGCCCUCACCCCCACCGGCGACAGACAUGGCUGGGCGGCGGAGUGGAGGCUGGGGUGGGACCUGCGCCUGGUCACGGUGGUGUACUCCGGGGUGUUCAACACGGGCGCCACGUUCGUGCUCGUGUCGUGGGCGGUGGCGCGCCGCGGGCCGGUGUACCCGCCCAUGUUCAACUCGCUAUCGCUGGUGGUCACCGCCGCCGUCGACGCCGUGUUUCUCGGCACCGACCUCUACCUCGGCGGUGUUCUCGGGGCGGCGCUCGUUGUCGUAGGCCUCUACGCAUUCCUGUGGGGCAAGCGCAAGGAGCUCGACGCUGCCGCCAAAGGGGACGACCGCGAGCAGGGGCUGCGGCGAGGAGACAGAGACACCGACGAUGGCAUCGCCUAGCUAACUAGAGCGAUCGAUGGAUUUAGCUUAACUGCUCAACCAGUCGUAGCAUGAUAGCAUGGUACCAGUAACU